UGUAGACUAUAGUAAAAGCUUACUGAACUGAAAAUGGCCAACUUUAUCAGCAGAAGCUUGAUCCUGGCUUCUUUGAUGGGGCUGCUGCUGUUGUACCUGUCUGGCACUUCUGAAGCACAAAACAACCAAGAUUGCUGCCUCUCUUACUCCACAGUACGGCUGCCUCGAGGAGUCAUAAAAGGCUAUACAGAACAGCUAUCCAGUGAAGUCUGUGACAUCAGUGCUAUCAUUUUUCACACAAAGAAUGGAAUGAAAGCUUGUGCAAAUCCAGAAGACCGCUGGGUGAAGAAGCAUCUUCUUUGGCUGAGCCAUAAACUCAAGAAAAUGUCACUGUAAUGUGGUUUUUGAAAUGGAACUAGAAAGAGAGGCGGCUGCAGAACCUAAACUAGGUUGGAAUCUUCUCUUUGUACACGAUGUGUGCUUACUGACCAUUAUUCCUGGCUUCUUUGGAACCAUUUAACUACUGAAGUUGAUUCAUAUUGCAUCAUUUGUUUGCUUGACUUAAGCAUUUUGUUAAAGUUGCUUUUCUCUUUUCUAAUAUACAAUAUUUGGUUACUGUAUAAAGAAGAAAACUGUUUUAAACUGUUAUACAAAAUAUGUGCCCUAUUGGGUUUAGAACAUUUGGAUGUCAUUUGUGCUAUUUAGCAUCAGUAAAAUAGAUAAUUUAUUAUAUUUAUUGUUACAUCAUAGGCAUUUUUUUGUACCAAAAGCUGUUCCCUUUUAAUUCUAAGUAAUAUGAUCAAGAACAAAUGGAUUAAAUAUUUUUAGACUACUGUAAAAACAUGUGUUUGAGGGAAAG